AUGAAUAAUAAUUUAACGGCUGCAGAGGAGAAAGGAUACAACACAAUUCUAAACUUGACAGAUGAAGAAUUAAUUGGAACGUUACGCUUGGAACCGGUGAGACUAAAAAAGAAUCAAACACCAGUCUGCACAAUGUUUGAAAAUUGUCAAUCUCGACGUUUUUCUGCUGCCUUAUGUGACCCAAGAACUUCUUUUGAAUUUAAAUUUAAUGAAAUUUUUGAAAUUGUUGAACCUCAAAAUGUCGAAUAUAAAAAAUUUAGUGUCAAAUUAGCAUUGAAAAGUCAUCCCACAAGUGCCUUGAGUGAAGAAGAUAUCAAUAAUAUAAAGGCUUUUAUUGAUGGGUGCUAUCGACAACACCACUUGAACAUAUUUAUGAGACCAGAUUUGAAUAUUUCAGAUGUUAUAACUUAUUUAAAUAAAUUUGGCUCCUUGAAGUCUGAUAAAGAAAUUGAUGAUGAUAUAUGCAAAAUUAACAUGGAAAGGAUUCCAAGGGUUCUUAUACACAUAGGAAGUGCAGGUUUUCUAAAAUCUUUUCAUCAGUUAUUAAAUUUCUAUUCAGAUUCAUUUGAUACCAGUUAUUCUUCACCAUAUAAAUUAAUUGGUAAAGUUUUCCAAAAGCAGAGAUCAAAUUUUAUAAGUAUUGAAGAAACAAUACCUCAUCGUAACUGUGUUUAUUUCUUCAGGCCAUUCAAGUCAAACAGUGAAGAUUUUAUCAAUAGUGAGUUUUUACAAAGCUUCAUAAAAUUCUUUGAGUGUAUUGACAUUGAUAAUUCUUCAUUAAAUCUUGAUAAUAAGUUUUAUUCUAUAUACGACAUGAAAUGUUCAAAUGAUAGGAUCAAUAUCAAAAACAAUAAUGACUUGUAUGAAGAUAAAUCCUUACCAAAUUAUUCUGAUAUUAAAUUUGAAAAAGACUUGUAA